CACAGAACACCCUCACACCCAUCCACUCCCCCAGUCACAGACACAGACAACCACCCUGGUGCAGCGCUGAACCACUAUCCUUGGCCUCUUCACUCAGUUUGACUGUCGAAAGCAUGAAGAUUGGGGUUGCUGCUCUGGUUGGGGGUUUGCUUGGGGUUCCAGGGUUUCUGUGUUUCUUGUUGGCAUUCGGUACGGAUUACUGGCUCCUAGCGCAUGAGGACUGCGUGUUCAAGCAACCGAGGACAACGACGUACUCUGUAGCUCAGAUCAACAGCACAGAGGCCUCAGAGGUGGAAGAUCCGAACCGUUCCUUUCUCACUCUCCAUCAUGAGGGAUUUUUCUGGCGCUGUCUAUUCCAGCAUGACUCCACCCAACAUUUAUUACUGGCUGUUCUAUUCACUAACCAGCCAAGAUCGAAAGAAUGUAUACAAGGAUACCUGUUCCCCCUGCCUGUUGCAGUUGGACCUGUUCCUCAUAAUAUUUAUGAUGCGACUGCAGUAUUCCGUGGAUUCUGGACCGUGCUCAUAAUCCUGGCCGUUGUAGCUAGCGUGACCGGGGGCUUCCUGCUAGUCUGCGCAGUUCCCUUCAUCAGCCAGAAACUCUACCGUGUGGGUGGUGCGUUUCUCAUCACAGCAGGAUGUCUGUUCCUGGUGCUGGUGGGUCUGUUUAUAUUGUGGAAGGAGCUGGUCGAUGUGAGACAAUAUAUUCUACAGGAGAGAGGAAGGGCUUGCCCUGAUGCCCAUCUGGAAGCACAGUAUGGCUGGUCCUUCAUUGUUGCAGUGGCUGGUAUCCCUUUGAUACUUCUCUCUGGUCUUCUUUUCUAUUGCAUAGGAAGAUAUCUCCAAAGGGACAUUUAGACAUAAAUAGUGUUUUGAGUUAUGUGUAAUAUACGUAAUAAAAAUGCUUGGAUGUGGAAUAAGCAGCACAGUGAAUCUUGAUGUUGGAAAUUAUACAGGUUCAUACAUCUUCGUUAUAAGAUAUCUAUUAGGUCUCCUUUAGGUUUUCGUCUAAGAUCGUAUUUGCUAAUAUAAUCCUCUGACAUGAAUGUACACUUCAGAUAACAUUUGUUUGGAUAAUUAUGGAGAAAUUUCUCAGUUUUUAAUGAUAAUUAUUAUUAUUAUUAUUAUUAUUAUUAUUGUCUAAUCAUUAACAGUGAAGAUGUAAAAAAAAAUAUAUGUAUAUAAAUAAAUAAAUAAAUAAAUAGAAAUAAAGAAGCUCGCAUUGAAGGGCCCUGUAUUUAUACAAUGCCGUAAGAAGUUUGACUUAGUAUGUCUAUGAAUUGCAUAAAAAUGCUUAACUUGUUUAAUUUAAUUAAUCUUAGUCACCAAUUAAUCGUUUGUUAAUAGAUUUGAUAUCAUUUAUAAUAUAAAUUGGCAUUGCUAUUUAAUUCUGUUUUUUGUUGUUGUUGUUGUUCUUUACAAGAAAAGUUUAAUGUAAAACCUACAAAAGGGAUAUAGAUAGUCUUGCCCAAGAAAUAUGGAUGCAAACGUUCACUGUGAUGAACGGGAGGCGAAGACGGACGCAAGUACAGACAAUUCAUUACGUAAAGUGCGGCCAAACAACCAAAAAACGUGAAAACAAGAACCAUAAACCCCAACUGUGGAUACGAGGCAGAAACAAUACAACAAUACAACAGAAGCUUGGCUGAAAAAAUAGAACGUAACAUGUGACACGUGACAUGCUGGGGCAGAUUUGUUAAAGCUAUUCUUUUGUUUUCCUAUAUAUCCCAAGCGAAAGGUUUUAGGUGGGGUAUUUUGGACUUCUGGACAGAAUACCGAUACUUAAUUGUUCACUGAAAUGCAACAUAUCAUCUGUCAUGUACAGUAUUUGUAUGAUUUUAAUGACAAGCUGUAAAUAUUGUAUAUUUUCCUUUCUUCUAACUUUAAUAUCUGAAUGAUGUCUUUUAAUCUCUGCCUGCACUACAGGACAUAAAUAGAGGACACUGUGCAAUUAUCUUUUCUU